CAGGUUCUGCAGCUGUUAGAAGUAAGGCAGUUUUGUGAGAAUAAGUUCGGCUCCACAGCCAUAAAAAGUACUGCUGUUUGUAACGAGGAAUAGUGCUGAAUAAAGCCGGUCCGUGGAUUCUACUACUCCGCCUCUGCUCCUCUGUGUGUGCAUGCAAUAAGCCCGGACGGCUAGUUACCGGCCGCAACGAGCCAAGCUAAGUUCGGACCAGACUUAGCUUUAUUAACCAGCAGUUCCGAACCACGGAGAGGAGCCAUAGAGCUGGGAAGGUAACAAUCGGAUGCAAGUGUCUGACAGCCCGUUGGAAGCAGCAGGAGGUGGACCAGGCACAGGGCCGGACUUUUCCCAGCCUCGUUUCUCCUCCUCCCUCCCGACCUAUCUCCCAGUCCAAUGCCAGCUAAGUGGAGCUGACUCCGCCUUCUUUCUGCGGGAAGCUAAUCAGGAGGUCAUGAGAAAUGGCAGUCUGUCAUCGUGGACUGAGCCCUUCUUUGUUCACAAGGUGGAGAUAGGUAUGGCUGCUCCACAGUCUCUCCCGAGUGUGAACUGCAGCUACGGAAAUCUGAGCACUGAGCAGCCAAUCCCAAUAGAGCUACUUCAAGGACCUCAGCCACACCUGCUGACCUCAAUCAACCAGGUGACGAUGAAUUGGAGGGUCAAAGGUCAGGUAGUGGUCCCUAAAGUGGGAUCAACAAGACCAUGGAUUCAGGUACUGUUUUAUCUGAUUGGGCGGCGCUGGGAUGAGCCUGACCCCCUUCCUACAUCAAGUCUCCCAUGUAUCCGCGCCUUGGCUGUACGUGACCCCAGUGAAACAGCACCUUCAGCAGGCUGUCGUCUUAUGGGACCAUCUGGAAUCUGUGUGGUCCGUCUGGAAAUUCCGCCGGCUUGGUUUACAUCAUCACAAGUGAGAAAAAGACCUUCUGAAGUGUCUCUACAAUCAGUGGAUGUGUUCUACUCCAUCAUACCAGUAGAAGGGACUGGCAGAGACUGUCCCUCUAUUGUAAAUGAGCCAUGGAAAGCUCAAAGUUCGAAUGUCGGACCCCUUGGAGGCCUGGGUAUUGGUCUUGGAGGACAGUGGAGUAGCCUGGAAGAUGGAGGUCUUCAGGACAUGCUAAAAGCUGGCACCGUAGAGAUGAGCCCAGGCCCGGUUUCUGCCAAGGGAGAAAGAUUGCCAUUAGAUGAAAAUUUGGAGGUUCUUGUCCCGCCUAGUCCGGUCCGGCUUGGCAAAACAGUGGCAUUUGGCAUCUACAUGAACACAGAUUCAAACCUGGAACAGUUCACAUUGAGGUAGGGUCAUCGAUCUUUUGUGAAAAUGUUUUUUUUUUUUUUUUUACAUUUGUUUUAGAAUUUUGUUUUACUUUUUGGCUAAUUUAGUUUCUAUAUCUGUGUGGUUUCUUUUCCACUGUCUCAGCCUACACCUCACCUGCAUAUGUGCAAUGUUUUACUUCUCAACUCUAACUCCUCCUGGAAUUGAUGGUUGUCACCUUUGUUUGUUCUACAAGUCAGCAACACAGUGUUGUGAUAAGUAUUUUUGGCAAAUUGUACAGAAAAGGAGACACAGAAUAGUAAUACAGAAAAGGAAAUCGGGACUGAUUGAAAACUAGGAAAUAAACAAAAAACAGAAAAAAGUUUGUAAGAUUAGAUAGAAUAUAGGAUUCAGAAAUGGGAAGGUGUUACCCUAAAGGGGCUUAGGUGCACUUUAAAAAUUCAGAGUA